UUACUCGAGUUAAGUGCGCUGCGUUUACCUGCCAACAAACAAACAGUUGCUAUGUUUACGUUUGUUACCGGAAGACUGUCGCUGGGAAAAUUUCUUAUUGAAAAUUGUAAAUAAAUUCAAGUUUAUCGCCAUGUCUGGUGCAGGAUCUCCCACCCAGUCUGCCUCCUCUGCUGUUUCUGUGACUUCAGCUGACAAGAAGUCAAGAGAUGAGAACACCUCUCGUCAGUCCGGCAGAGUCACUUUUCCACAUUCAGUCAAGUCUGCUUCAGAGCAAUCCAUUGUUUCAGAAAAUGAAGAGCUUCCACCAGAUCACAACCCAUUCACUAUGCCGGCUGACAACGACAUCUUCAUGCUGCGGGACAAGGAAAGACAGCGCAAGAAAGCCGAGCGCAUUAAGCAGCGUGGGCUGAAGGUCCACGAGAAGACGACUUACACGUCCCGGGUCAACGCCAUGAGGUCGUCCAUGCGUAAACCCCUGGCUGACUUGGAUGCAGAGGAGGAGAAAGGGGAGGAGGUUGACGACAAGGCGGUGGCCGUGAAAGACGAUCCUAGCUUUACCCUGGCUGUAACAAGAGAUCGUCACAUUGAGAAGGAGAGCCUGACGGACUACAUCGCCAAGAAGCGUGAGAUGUUCCUGGUGCAGUACUCCCUGGGAGUCAAGCGAGACGAGAUGCGGAAGCUGGAGGAGAUUGCGCAGGCCGAGGAGAGGAAACUGGAGCUAGCCGAGCAGUACUUGGAGGAAGACGCCGCCAUGUUUGAUGAGUUCCUCAAGGAGAAUGAUAAGAACUCGGUGGAGGCAAUCAAAGUAGCUGAAGCCGAGACCAAAGCCAAGCUUGAGAAAGUGGCCGAGAUAAAGAAGAUCAAUGCACAGAUCAUGCUCAUCAGGAGUGAGAUUUCCAAGAAUGAGGACCUUCUGAAGGAAUACCAGCUAUACAAGAAGUUCUUGGAUUCCUUGACUCCCGUGGAGUGGAGGGAGGACCGACGGUCUCGGAGGCAGGAGCGCAGGCGGGAGAAACAGAGGGAGAAGGGCGGAGACUCGCUGUCAAAGAUCACCUCGGCCACCCGCAGAAAAGCAGGAACUCCAAGCACUGAGGCCAGAUCGGGUUCUCGCGGCAGUGUCUCCAGGGCUUCGGCUAAGCAGGUCCCUAGCAAGACAGGCUCAGCAACUAAGAGGUCUUUGGCCCAGACUCCCACCAAGCAAGAAACUGACAGUAUGAAAUCAGGAGAUGUGGACUCUGACUAUGAGAGUGAUGAGGAGCCCGAGCUGUACUUCGCAGACCCCCAGCAGCUCCUUGACAUCUUUGCAGAGCUGGAGGAGCAGAACCUGUCACUGAUCCAGAACAGUCAAGAGACGGAGGAGACACUUGAGGAGAUCAGACAGAACAUCAUGGCGACGGAGGGAAAGAUGGAUCUUGAGACAGCGACCCUGACGCAGCAGAUUGACACCCUGAAUGGCCAGAUAGAGCGAGAAGAGGAAAAGGCCAGAGACUUGGAGCAUAAAUCAAAGAUGUUUUCCUUUGGUGAAUUCAAGGCUGAGGAUCAGGAAGCUAUGCUGGACACCCUGAACAGAAAAGUGGAAGAAGUCUAUGGGAAUUGCAUUGGUGACAAUGAAGCAAACAUUAGCACAUUGCAGAUGCUGACCAACAUUGAGAAUCGUCUUGAGGAGUUGUUUGAGAGUAUAGAGACCAUGCCACCAGAGAAAGUGGAAGCAGCAGAAAAGGCAAAGGAGAAAGAGCGGCGUCUGCGACAACGGGAGGAGAAGAUUGAGGCCCAGAGGAUCCACCAGGAGGAGAGGGUCAAGCGAGCCUUGGAGAGAGCCCAGGCAGACCCAAAAAAGAAGACUGGUCGCAAGUUGGUUUUCCGCUCGGAGCCGCCGCAGACAAAGCGCAAAGUGGACAAGUCCAAGCAGAAAGCCGACAAAGAGGAAGAGGAAAUGGCCUAUUUCUUCACCUAGAUGAUGACGGUGCCUGAAACUAACACUUUCUAACCAGAAACGGAUCAAGGAAUUUUGGAAAGGCUAUAGGUUGGGGGGAGGGUUCCGAAGUUUAGUGCUUUCACCCCUAAGGAGUGAAUAUAUAUUUCGGAUGUCAAAAUGGGCCUUAUAAUUUUUAAGAUGUAAGCACAUUGUCUAGAUUGUACAGAUCUCACUGUCGUCUCUCUCUUGAUUUCGUCAAACCACUGAACUACAUAACCUUUGCACUUUUUGAAGAACCCUUUGUUUAAUGACAGAAAAGAAUUAUGACACAUUUUUGUUUAAAAUACAUGAUAUGGUUGUAGGAAAUCCAAGGGUAAACCUUGCAAAAGCUGGAAAGUGCCAUGCAUAAACCAAUAUAAUGCAUCAAGUUUCCUCUGGUAGACACAUGUAACCCUCAGAAAUUCACUUUGCUUUUUUUUACCGGAUUUUUAUAUGUUUUGGUCAUAUUAUAGUCCUGUUCUUCCUCCAAGCCUUUUGAUAGUAGUUAUUCAAAUGUUUCAUUGGAUGUACAUUGGUGCAUUCAGGUCAGGUAGCUCCUAUUUUACUGUGAUCUGUCCAGGUCUUUUUGUAUUAUAAAGAUACAUGUCUAUUGAAAAGGCAAGCAUGAUGUUAUUUUUAGCAUAAAUGAUUUUAAUCGGUUUAGCUUCCUGCAAAGUGCCGUUUCACAAUAAUCCGUCCCAUCUGCCUUAUUUUAGAUGAAUAACUGUGCUCUUAUGAUAAAUAUAAAGUUCCAUGGAAUUGUAGAAAAA